AUGGCGCCAAAAAGACAUUUAGGAUUAGGUAAAGCUGCAAAAUCCAAAAAACAAAAGAAAGAUGAUUCGUCAGAGGUAGAAAAUCCGGUACAACAGAGCAAUGAACUUACGGUUGAAUUGAAUGAAGAAGUGGAUGCAAAUGACGAAGUGAGUCAAUUAAGAGCAUUGUGGAAAACGCAUGCUAAAUCGGACAAGGACAAUGAGUUAGUGGUGAACGGUAUAAUCCAUGAAUGUGAUCGGUUAUUGAGGAAUUCAAACUUGGCCGAAAAUGAAGACGGUGAGGACAAAAACAAGGCCAGCACAAAUGAAGACGGGCCUAAAGAGUUACCGGCGGAUUUUCAUUCAAUCUAUGCGUUGGCUUUGGCAGACUUAGCGUUGUUUCAUAGCACGGACGUUAACAAGGUGAAGGAAUUCUUUGAUGCGGCAUUGGAAAGAGUUGAUUUGGGAUUGCAAUCCCAUACCGGAUCGAUAGAGUUGUUAUUCACCAAAAGUAGGAUCCUUAUUAACCAGAUUCCAUUGCAAUAUAUAUCGCAAUUGACAGUUGAAUCUAAGGUCCAAGAUGGCGUGCCAAAAAUAGAUGAAAAAUUGGAUGCGGCAUUAAAAAUCUACGAAGAAGCUGAGAACCAAGCUAAGGCCUUGAAACAGUACGAAUUGUUCAAUGAGGACAACUUAGAAAUUUUGCAGGCGUUUGAUGAUUUGUUAGAAAUCGUUGAUAAUUUCGGAAAGGAUAAUCUGGAAGGGGAUGAGAGUGAUAAAGAAGAUGAUGGAGACUAUGAGGAGGAGAUCCAGUUGUCUAAGAAGCAUCCGUUGUACGGAAUCAGAAAUACUGACAAGUAUAACGAAUGGUGGAGAGACCAUACCAUUCAGUUUUUGCAAAACGUUGAUCAGCAAUUAGAGAAACUUGGUAUUUCGUACAAGCAAGAAAACGAGACCGAAAACGCCUUGUUACCACUCCGUAGAGAAAUCUGUAAAAGAAUCGGGCAAUCUUACUUACAAGAGGCAGAAAUCCCAUCCACAGUAUUCACAACCCUCAAGUAUGAUGAAGGAUUUGCCGAUGUCGACCAAUUAGAAGGAUUAACUCGUGACGAAUCGCAAAAAAUCAGUCAAUAUUUGUUCAAAACUGCGUUAGACUACUUGAAAAUGGCUGAAGACAAAGAAGAACCAGAAAGUUGGGUCAAUAUUGCCGAGUCGAUGAUUUCUUUGGGAAACCUAUACGAAUUGGACAGUGAAGAGCAAGAAAACUACUACACCGAAGCAGAAAAAAUAUUGACUAAAGCCAACAAUGCGACCAACGGUAAAUACGAAGAUAUCUUGGAAAACUUACAAACAUAA